AUGGCUGCCGAGAUCGAAGCUGCCAAAAAGGCAGCCGCCCUCGAAGCUGUGAAAAACCACUUUCCUCCAAACCCGCGCUUCGUGGGCAUCGGCUCUGGUACAACCAUCGUCUACGUCGUGGAAGCGAUCAAAAACUGCGGCGUCGACGUCUCAAGAGUCGGCUUUGUGCCAACGGGAUACCAGUCCAAACAACUUAUCAUAAACGCCGGUCUGGUGCCCAUUGAAUUCGACGCUCUACCGGACGAUGUCAUGAUUGAUGUUAAUUUUGACGGAGCCGACGAGGUGGACGAGGAAUUGAAUUGCAUCAAGGGCGGAGGCGCUUGUCUGUACCAGGAGAAAUUGGUGGCCAUGAGAUCAAAACAGUUCAUUUGCGUGGCUGACUAUCGAAAGCUCCAGCGGCGUCUAGUCACCAAAUGGCCUACUAUCCCCAUAGAGGUCGAACCAAAGGCCGCUCGACAGGUCAUGAAGAGACUACGAAUGCUUGGUAGUCGCAGCACUGCAGGCGUGGGCCCGAUGAUCAGAGAAGGUCACCUUGCAAAAGCCGGCCCUGUCAAGACGGACCAAGACUUCUUUAUCGUCGACGCCCCCUUCCCGCAUCCACUCCUGAUUGCUGAGGAUCUCACCCCCGAAAGACCGGGUGACGGUGAAAACGGCUAUUGGGAGGUCGAACAGCUCGCUCGAGCUAUCAAGGAUAUCAAUGGCGUGCUUGCUGUAGGCCUUUUCUGCGGUCCUACCGGCCCAGAGGCCGAGGCAGCUGGUGUGAUCGGCGGCCAGAGACCGAUCGCAUGCUAUUUCGGCAUGACCGACGGCACUGUGUCGGUGCGAUCAGCUCGACAUAAGCGUCACUCCAUCAUUGCAAAGUACCCGCCGUUGGUCCCUGUGCAUAGCUCUGACCCAAGUGUUGUAGCCGCAGCAACCUCAUAG